UCGUUGUUGACGUCUUUAAGAGUGUGUGUUGUCUUCAACUCGUAGCUUUGCUCUGUGGCGGGAUGCUCUCGCGCUUCCUUGCUUUUGUUUUGGUGAGGAACUGCGUGAUACGUUUAUCCCUGCAGUCUCUGAGAAGAUCCUCAGACCGCUGACCGAUCAACUGUAACGCACUGACGCACAGUGGGCACCAUGCAGAGCCCUGACAGCCGCGCUAGCCCGGAUUCGCAUCUCACAGCUGGCGGCGGCAGCGUGGAGCUGCGCGAGGACCUGCCGCUGAAGGCGGGCGCGGCGCGCGCGCGCUGCUGCGCCGGCGGCCCGCGCCUCAUCCUAGCCGCCUUCGCCGCGCUCACCGCCGCCAUCACGCUGGCUCUGCUCACCCAGAUCUACUACGGCGACUACGAGGUGGUGCCGCACGGCAGCGUGUCGUCGUCGGCGGCGGCGUGCUCGCGCGCGGGCACGGAUGCGCUGAAGGCAGGCGGGCGCGCGCUGGACGCCGCCGCCGCCGCCGCGCUCUGCCUCGCCGUGCUGGCGCCACACCGAACCUCGCUCGAUGCGAGUGGUGCUCUGCUGUACUGGGAGUACCGCGAGGCGCGUACGCAGCCGCCGGUGCUGUUCGAGUGGGGCGGGGACGCGGCGGAGGGGGGCGCGCGCCCGCCGCGUCUCCUCGCGGCGCUGGCCGCGCUGCACGCACAGCUCGGCGCCUUGCCCUGGCACCGCGUGCUCGCACCCGCCCUGCAACUAGCUAGUGAAGGUUUCUUGGUGUCUGAGGGGCUGUCAGCGGCCGAGGCGGCCAGUGCGGACGCGCCCGGGGCGGAGCAGCCGCCCGGCGCCAACGUCACGGCGCCGGCACUGGCGCGCUACCUGCAGGCGCUGCUGCCUAACACCAGCGCGGAGCUGACGACGACGUGGGGCACGGGCUCGCAGCUGCGGCGCGGCUCCCCGCUGGCGCAGCGCGCGGGCGCGUGGCGCGUGCUGGCGGGCGGCGCGGGCGGGUCCGCUGCAUUGCGCGCGCUCGCGGCCGCGCUCACGCCGCCGCCCGCCUCACCCGAUGACGCGCAGCGCAGGGUGCUGCUGACGCUGCAGAGCGAGGCGCAGACGGGGGCGAGCGGCGCGCGCGGCGUGGCCACAGGGCUGGCCGUCGUAGACCAGCGCGACACCUACAUCGCACUCGUCACUGGGUUGUCCGUGCCGUUCGGCUCGGGGCCGCAGACGAGCGCUGGAUGGGCGCGCGACGAGCCGGCGGCGCCGCUCGACCUCGCGCCCGCGCUCAUGCUGGAUGAUCACGUGUGCGGUACGUACCUGACACUCCAGUAG